AUGUCUUCACAAUGGUUAGAUCAUAUAAAUUUUUCCUUUAGAUUGCAAUAUCUUGAUGAUCAAGAAUAUGAAAUAUAUGAACUCAUCGAAAAUUCUGAACGCAAGGGUAUUGCGAAAUCAGACAUCCAAAAACAGACAAAAAUUGUUCAAUCGAUAGUUGAAAACUGUUUGAAAAUUAUGCAAGAUCGCAAAUUGAUUAAAGAAGUCAAACCCAAAAACAAAAAAUUGUACAUGCUGUUUGACAUCAAACCAGCGGAUGAAUCUCUCAGUAGAUUACUAUACACUAACGGAGAGCCGGACACAAGUUUCCCGAAAGAUAUGGAUACAAAUGCUGUAUUUUAUCCAGGUUAUUCUGCAUAUCCUACUCUUGCAAAAGUUGUUCAAUGUGUACAAGAAACAAAAGUUACCGAAUUAGAGGUUGAAGAAGCCGACAUACGGCAGAUCUUGGAAGUACUUAUUUAUGAAGGAAAAAUUGUGAAAAAAUUUUCUGGUGGUUUACCAGAUCAUAAUAGUUCGAGUUCUAAUGAGGGGCGUCACGAAUCUCAAGUGGUUUAUAUGGCUAAAAAACCAAAAUCGAUGAAUAAUUCCUGGACUCCAACACCUUGUGGCAG